AAGAUUCUUUUACUUAUGAUUUUAAAUCCAAUUCAAUUAUUAUUAUUCAAUGGAAUAGAAUAAUAAAUUUUCAAUAAUAAUAAAAAAAAAUGAACCAAUGAAUGAAUGAAUUGCGCAAGUUCGGUGACCUUACUUACUCUUUGGUGGAUUUCAUCAUCCUAUUUUUUUUCUUCUUCUUCUUGGAUCGAUUGUGUAUUUGGAAUUCGGUGUGUGUUUGUGUGUGUGUGUUUUUUUUCUGGCAACAUUUUCGUUACCAUGACACAUUAAAUUAUCUACAUAUAUAUAUAGGAAUUGAUGAUCAAAAAGAAUGUCCUACCAGAAAAAACGCUGAACUUUGAACUAAAUAUAACGGGCCUGAUUCGCUAUAUGUUUUGAAUACAAUUUGCUUUUUUUUGUUAAAUUGUUUAAUUGUUCAUCGUUUUUGUUUUGUUUUGUUUUGUUUUUUUGUUUGUUUGUUUGUUCGUUGAAAACUAAUACACCACCACUGCCAUCAUCAUGUCGUUAUUUCAUUCAUAUAAAUUAAAACGACGAAAAGUCGAAGAAGAAUUAAAAGCUGCAGCAGCGGCGGCAGCAGCAGCAGCAGCUGCUGCUGCAUUAGUUUCCGGUGGUCAAUUAAAAUCUGAUUCAUUGAAUGAUCCAACAACAACAACGGUGAUCAACAAUGAUUUAACUGUUGUUGAAAAUAAAAUUAUCGAUGCUAAAACGACAAUGGCUAUGACAACAACAGCCAAUGGAUCAUCAUCACCAUCAACCACCGCAACAACAACAACAGUCACAAUGAAUGGUACAAUAAAUGCAACAACAACAACAACAUCGACGAUGACGGCAACGAAAAUGUUAUCAUUAACGGAAACAUCGGAAUCAGUGGAAUCAUCGACGACCACAUCGUUAUCAUCAACACCGCCACCAUUAUCAUCAUCAUUAUCGAUGACCAAUAAUUCAUCAUCACCAUUAUCAUCAGGGUCUUUAGCUGAUGAUGAUCCAUUAAUAAUAUCAUCAUCAUCAUCUUCAUCAUCAUCAUCAUCUUCAUCGUCAUCAUCUGGUAAUGGUAGUGAACAUGAACAAUGUUUAGAUUUAUCAAAACCAAGAUCUUUACCACAAUCAACGGUUGUGACGACAACAACGACGAUGCCUAUUUCGACAACAAUAACAACAGCAACAACAACAACAAAUAAUCGGCCAUUAUUGAUGGUUGCGGCUACUGCAGCUACCAAUAAUAAUAAUUCUAAUACGACAACCACUACUUCAUCCACAUUAUCAUCAUCAUCAAAUAUUGGCCAUACACAUGGUUCCCUGUUGCAUCAUACGUUAAAUGGUUUCAUUAGCUCAUCAUCAUCUUCCGCUUCUUCCUCGUCAUCAUCAUCACCACCAUCAAAUGGUGGUGCAUCAUCACCAAUGGAACAUCAAUCCUCACAUUCAACAUCAUCAUCAUCUGCAUCAUCACCUUCAUCUGGUAAUGGAAGUAGUAGCCUAGAAUCAUCAGGUAUUAAUGGUGGUCUUGCAGCCGUUUGUCUUGGUGAAUCAUCACCAUCGGCUAGUUCACUAUCAAGUGGAUCAUCACCACCACAAUCAUCUUCAUCAUCAUCAUCAACAUCAGGAUCGUCGUCCAUAGUCAAAUCUUCAAAUUCUUCAAUGAUAAUAGUAGGUGGCCAACAGCCACAGAUUUCUAAAUCCGGAAACAGUAAUAAUAAUACAAAUGGUAGUACGGCAUCAAUUGGUUCUUUGAUAUUAUCAUCAGCAUUGUUAAAUGGUGGAAUGUCUGCGGCAGCAGCUGCAGCAGCUGCCGCAAUUGCUGCUCAGGCUGCCGCUGCUCAACAACAACAGCAACAAGAAUCAAAAAAAUCGGCGACAGCAACUAUUCCUGGUGCCGCUUCAUUACCAUCGGCAGCAAAUGGUACAUCACCAUUAUCAACAUCAACAUCAUCAGUUACCGGUCCAAAUUCUGCAUCUAACACUACUGCCACCGCUAUUUCUCAAUUAGGUUCACAUCAUGGAUUUCCAUUAUCACAUUAUCAACAACAGCAACAAUUACGAUUAGAUCCAGUUGCUGCAGCUGCUGCUGCGGCUGCAGCUCAACAACAACAAAAUCAUCCACAAGCUGGUGGUGAUAAUCAACAAAUGAUCUGUAUGAUAUGUGAAGAUCGUGCCACUGGUUUACAUUAUGGAAUUAUUACCUGUGAAGGUUGUAAAGGAUUCUUUAAACGUACUGUACAAAAUAAACGUGUCUAUACUUGUGUUGCCGAUGGUCAAUGUCUGAUUACUAAACAACAACGUAAUCGAUGUCAAUAUUGUCGAUUCCAAAAAUGUCUACGUCAAGGUAUGGUUCUGGCUGCUGUACGUGAAGAUCGUAUGCCUGGUGGACGUAAUUCUGGUGCCGUUUAUAAUCUGUACAAAGUUAAAUAUCGUAAACAUAAAAAACCAGGUUCAAAUAAUAAUCAUAAUAAUAUAGCCGGUUCAAAUACAUCAAUCUGUACAAAUACGAUAACAUCAAUAGCCAUAUCAUCAUCAGCAUCAUCAUUAUCACAGCCAAAUAGUCCAAUGAUGGUCUCAACAAAUGGUACAACAGCAGGCAUUACGCCUACAACACCACCAAUCAAUAUAUUGAUUAAUGGAAAUGGUUCGCCAUUAUUAUCUAAUAAUACUGCCGCUACCAAUCAACAAACAAAUCCAUUUUCAGCAUUAAAUGGUCAUCAUAAUCAUGGUAGCCAUAAUCAUAUUAAUCAUAAUCAAAGUCAUCAUCCAUCAUCAUCAUCACCACCACCACCAUCUGGUAUAUUAAAAACUGUUUUAACUAUGCCACAUCGUCUUCAUAAUAAUAAUCAUCAUUCAACAUCAUCAACAACAAAUACAAAUACAUCAUCAUCAUUAUCAUAUGUAAAUGGUACAAAUGGUACAAGUGAUGUUUCUCUUUAUCGUCAUCUUAAUGGAUCAUUAACAUCAUCCACAUCAUCCACAACAACGACAACAAUGACAUCAUCGAUUGGAUCUAAUUCAGCAUUUAAUUCAAUCAAUAAUAAUUCAUCAUCAUCAUCAUUAUCAACAACGACAAAUUCUCAUCAUUUAGCACAAGCUGCGGCAGCUGCAGCCGCUGCUAGUAUAUUUCCUGUGUUAAUUGUUAAUGGAUUCUUAAAUAAUGGUGGUGGUAAUCAAGUAUUGACAACGAUUGCUCGACAAAUGCAUAUUAUAUUGGCUAAUGCAUCAGCCAAUGAUAAUGGUAGUGUUGGUGAAUGUUUAAUGUCACGUGAUGAAAGUGAUCAAUAUCUAUCUGCUUUGAUUGAUUGUGAUGAUUUUGCUGAAUUCGGAUCUUUAUCAGCUUUGGAAUUGACAGAAACAUCAACAUCAUCAAAUAGCAACGAAUUAAGUGAUCGAUUAUGUUCAAUUGGUGAUUCAAUCGUAUAUCGAUUAGUACAAUGGACCAAACGUUUACCAUUCUAUGAACAAUUACCGGUUCAUACACAUACACAGCUAUUGACACAUAAAUGGCAUGAAUUACUAGUCCUAUCAACAUGUGCAUUUUCAGCCAUAAAUAGUAAUACAACAUGCAUUGAAUCAUUGGAUAUGGAAAUACGACAAUGUAUGACAAAUUUAGCUGGUAAUCUAUCAAGAUUGAAUGCAACAUCAUCUGGUACAAUAAUAUCUUGUGCACAAUUGGAAAUGGAAGCCGGUGGUUUAGUAUCGGAAUUAUGUGCAGUACGAUUUGCAUUCAAAUCAUUAGGAUUAACAUUGAAUGAAUUUGUUGCAUUAAAAGUGAUUGCAAUGACAAGCAUUGUUGCAAAUAAUAAUAAUAAUAAUAAUAAUGAAAAUGGUGCCGAUUCUGGAUCUCGAAGCGGUGAUAAUCAUCAUCAACAACAACAACAACCAGAUAUUGCUGAUCCAAAUUCUGUAUUAAGGAUACGUGAUCGUUAUCUAAAAGCAUUGGUCUCACAUUUGAUACAUAAAAAACCGCCACUUGGUUCUGGACAAUUAGGUUCAACAGCAGCACAAUUAGCAUCAUUAAAUGGUGGUGGUUCAUCAGCUGCAUUCAUAUCAUCAUUAAAUACGGCAGCACAAACACAUAAUUUAACCGGUGCAUUAGGUCCAAAUGCUGGUCAUGUAUUGGCACGUUUGAAUUCAUUAUUAAACUUGUUGGCACAAGUUAGUUCAGCUGCAAAUCUAUUAUUACAAUCAAAGAUGUUUUACGUACCAUUCUUAAUGAAUUGUAGUAGUAGUAGUAGUAAUAGUGGUAAUGUUAAUAAUUCAACAACUGGAACUAUGAAUAAUAAUAAUAAU